CAAAAAUCAUGAAAUUCACGAAAUAAACGCUUUUUGUUAAAUAUCAGAAAUAUCUACUGUGUAGCAACAUUUUUACUACGGUGUAGGUUUUUUUGAAACGUUCAAAUAAUCGUAUAUAUCUAUUGAAUAGAUGGCUAUUAUCCCUUUGUUAUCGAUACGACCUUAUCGUACACUAGCUGCAGUUGCCGUUGUCAACGGCGUUGAGUGUAAAAUUAAAAUAAACAUAUAUUAUUAUUAAAUAUCAGUAAUGUAUGACGCAUAUAUUUAUUUUAGUAUGUUGUUGUAGAUUUAUUCAAAUAGCCGAAAAUCACGAAAUAAACGCUUAUUGUUAAAUAUCAGAAAUAUAUACUGCAUGUCUCUACAUUUGGUGUACGGUGUAGGUUUUUUUGAAACGUUCAAAUAAUCGUAUAUAUCCAUUGAAUAGAGGGCUAUUAUCCCUUUGUUAUCGAUACGACCUUGUACUAUACCAGCUGCCGUUGUCAACAGCGUUCAGUGUGUCACAGUUACUUGUACACGUUCUAUGCGUUUGCCCCCUUCGUGUUUUUUUUCAGCAUUUUUCUGUGUUUUUAAUUUUUAAACAUUUUUUUUUCUCUCUCUCGUAAUUACCUACCAAUAUGUUUAAAUGCGUGCAGUGUCCGUUGGUUUUUGGACGAAAAGACAGUUUGGUUAGACAUGAAAUAACUCAUACCGGUAUACGUUUUCCGUGUACCGUAUGUACAUCGACAUUCAACUAUAAAUCGUGUGUCAAUAGACAUCUGAAAAAUAUUCAUGGUAUUGUCAACAUUCGAACCCAUUUGAGACCGAUACCAGCUACACCCAUCAUCACUCAACCUGCUCCAGCUCAACAGGUCCAGAUUGCGCCGCAAAUAUUUGUCCCCGAUGUCCCGGCCGGUGGAUCGAAUGCGAUAUCCGACGACGACGAUAUAUUGUGCAUGGAAGCAAUGGACGACUUUGAGGAUAACGAUAUAUUGUGUAUGAAAGCAAUGGACGCAUUUGAGGAUACAGGUUAGUUUUAUUUAUUUUAUCCGCCGUGGAUUAUUUUUUUUUAAAUACGUAACGUUCAAUUAGAUUUGUAAAUCUAAGAUACAUAAUCUAUAUAUUAGUAAUUAUAAAGAUUAGACAUUAAUACAACUUAAUGUCUACAUUAAACAGAUUUUU